UAUUAACCUCUUCCAGAAACAGGCCUCUCUGCAAAGUGACAGGUAGGCGUGCCUUGAACUGAAAAGAGCGUAGCAGCUCCUCUCUCACCUGGCAGUUCUCUCUCACCUGGACCACUUUGACAGUUGCCGUGAGAGUCUCAAAUUACAACAAAACCCAAAGAAGUUGCCUUGCUAGCAGCAAUUCCACCUGGAACCCACAAUGCGUGAAUGCAUUUCUAUCCACGUGGGCCAGGCUGGUGUCCAGAUAGGGAAUGCCUGCUGGGAACUUUACUGUCUGGAGCACGGCAUUCAGCCAAAUGGCCAGAUGCCCAGCAAAACGUCAGGGGGGGCCCAAGAUUAUUCCUUCACCACUUUCUUUAGUGAGACUGGGGCAGGGAAAUAUGUCCCAAGAACGGUCUUUGUAGAUCUGGAGCCAUCUGUCAUUGAUCAAGUGAGAACAGGAGCAUACGGUCAACUCUUUCAUCCAGAACAGCUGAUCUCAGGAAAGGAGGAUGCUGCUAACAACUACGCCCGAGGUCACUAUACCGUUGGCAGGGAGAUAAUAGACUCUGUCCAAGAAAAGAUUCGGAAACUGGCUGAUCAAUGUACCGGCCUUCAAGGAUUCUUUGUUUUCCACUCCUUUGGUGGAGGAACAGGUUCUGGUUUCACUUCUCUUCUCAUGGAGAGACUCUCUGUUGAUUAUGGAAAAAAGUCAAAGCUUGAGUUUGCCAUCUACCCAGCUCCUCAGGUUUCUACAGCAGUAGUUGAACCCUACAACUCCAUCUUGACCACCCACACCACCUUGGAGCACUCUGACUGUGCCUUCAUGGUGGAUAAUGAGGCCAUCUACGAUAUCUGCCGUAGGAAUCUUGAUAUUGAGAGGCCGACCUACACCAACCUCAACCGUCUCCUGAGCCAGAUUGUCUCUUCAAUCACCGCUUCACUUCGCUUCCAUGGAGCUCUGAAUGUUGACCUGACGGAGUUCCAGACCAACUUGGUGCCUUAUCCUCGUAUCCACUUUCCUUUGGCCACCUAUGCUCCAGUCAUCUCAGCUGAGAAGGCCUACCACGAGCAGUUGUCUGUGGCUGACAUCACCAACGCUUGCUUUGAACCAGCCAAUCAGAUGGUCAAGUGUGAUCCUCGCCGUGGUAAAUACAUGGCCUGCUGUCUGCUGUAUCGUGGUGAUGUCGUUCCUAAAGAUGUCAACUCGGCUAUUGCUGCCAUCAAGACCAAACGCAACAUCCAGUUUGUGGACUGGUGUCCCACAGGCUUCAAGGCAGGCAUCAACUACCAGCCUCCAACUGUGGUUCCUGGUGGAGACCUGGCAAAAGUAAAGAGAGCUUUAUGCAUGCUUGGAAACACCACAGCCAUUGCUGAGGCCUGGACCCGCCUCAACCACAAGUUUGAUCUGAUGUAUGCCAAGAGGGCCUUCGUCCACUGGUAUGUUGGAGAGGGAAUGGAAGAAGGAGAGUUUUUAGAGGCCAGAGAAGAUAUGGCUGCUCUGGAGAAAGAUUAUGAGGAAGUGGGGUUUGACUCAUUAGAAGAACAGCAAGAUGAUGAAGAAUAUUAAAGUCUGGGGCAAAAAAUGUGUUGUUUUUGUCCUGUAUCAUUGGGUCUUGUGUUGAUGAUAAUUUUCUAUAUGAAAAAAAAAAAACAAGUACCCACAAAACUGAUUUUGUAUUGGUUAUGGUCAGUAAACUUUUCCAGCACAUGCAGAAUGACAUUCUUGGCUUCACUUAGGCUUAAUAGUAAAAUGUAAUUUAGCAAUGACUAAAAUUGGAAGGUACAUUUGCAAACAGGCACUGACUGGCUCAAAAUGAAUGUUUUCUUAUUGACCAUAGAUACUCUUAAAUGUGUGUAAGUGCAGAGAUUAUCUUGUUUUCAUGUAAAACAUUCAGUGGAUGUUUGGUGUAAAUGGUCUAGCAACAGCUAGAGAACACUGAACUUUUAUAGAUGAUCACUAAAGUUAGUGUUCUGUCAUAAAAUAUGCAGUCUUUCCACAAGUUUUUGUAUUCAUCUGUAUCUAUCAUGCAUUCAUAAGUAAAGGUAGGC